AUGGCUGCAACUCGAUCGACCCAAGCUCACCAAACGCGCAGCAGCUCAAAAAGGACCAGUUCCGCUGCAAAGACCCAGGCCACCCAUAAAAAAGGUCAUGCAGUCAGAAAGCAAGCUAGCUCUUCCAGAAAGAAGGCAAAAUCCGGAAAGCGACAACCUAACCAUACUGAUGAGAAUACGGACGAAAAUACUGAUGAGGAUGACCACCACGAUACCACCCCUGAGCCCACAGCAACCCAGCAACAUAGGUCUUCUGCAACUGAGUCUGGCCAAUGUAACUCCGGCUCCAACAAUAUCCAACUAACUCUUGACAACUUCGAAAGCCAAUUAGACAAUUGGUCAAUACUUCAACUGCGCCAAACACUCAACAAAAACAAAGACACCCGAUCCAAUAGGAUUCCACCUGAAGUUCAAGAUCGACUCACAUUGCUUCAGAAAAACUACACCAAAAGCAAGCUCAUGCUUGGUUUGAUUGGAAAUAUUAGUGAAGCAUUUAGUGUGGAGAGUGCAAACACCCCUGUUCCUCCUCCUGGAUGCUCAAUUGGUUGGGAAGAACGCAAUGUUCACCUUGGAGAAGCUUGGGCUUUGCUUUCUGAAGAAGAGAAAGAUGUUUUUAGUCCGGUCAUCUUUCAGUAUUUCUCAAAAAUACCUUGCCAACCGGACACUGGGGACGAUGAUGAAGACACCGAAAUCGAACUCACUCCUGAAGAGAUCGAACUCUACCAACCCCUCUAUGCGAAGUUAGUAAACCAAGAAAAAGUCAAUUUAAUUAUCUCUGAAGGAGUCCAUAUUGGCAUCAACAACUCCAAGGCAUUUGAGCAGGUGGAAAGGAGUGUAGACAAGUUGAAUGGAGAACUCUUCACCAUGUCGACCUUAUACAACACAACUUACUACCUCCUUGCUGCGACAAGGGACAGCGGAGUCAAAAGUUUUUGUAAAGAGUGGUCCAACGACGUUGCUUGGCUAGCUCUUGCCAAGAAGAAUUGGAAAGCAAAAGAGAAGUUCGAGGCUUACAGUCACGGAAGAGAGAUACAAGAGGCAGUCGAGGAUGCAAGUGGGGUUAGCACAUCAAAGCAGCUUAGGGAAGCCGAUCAACUGAAAAAGGAUCUUCGAGCAGCUCUGAACCAAACACUCGCAAACACUCUUGGAAUUCCGGUCAAAGGUUGUAUCUUCCCAAAGGUACCUAAUCCUUCGGCUUGUUUGCUUAAGAAGAAUCGCCGACUGGAAAUAGUGCAGUCAGAAGGCUCAACACUUCCUAAGGAAGAAUUGAUGAAGGGGUUCAAUAAAAUGGAAAACCCUUUCAAGAAGACUGGAUUGAUGAUAUCCGAUCUGGAGCAUUUAAAAUAG